UUAGCGCAUUUGAAAAAUUGGCUAGGUCACUAGCAUUUGCGUUACUAAGCUGCAGUCGCUGGACAUCGGAGAUCUAGUAAAUGCAUCGAUGCUUUCCCCUUUCCAUCUACAUAUAACAUUGAAUUCUACGAUCAUAUCCCAUAUAUUAUCCCAUAUAUCGUGUGAAUAGGUCCUAACACAAUAGGCUCGAUACAGGAAUACUCUAUUCGUACCAAGGAUAUUACUUAGGAAAGGGGAAGGAAGUUUAAUAUCAUAUUUCAAGGAAAAAAGGAAAAGAGCACGAAGGAGAUAGAAAGUGCAUCAUUCCCCGAGGUUUUCAUUUUUGGAGAAGUCAGCGUCUUGCCGGUCACCUGGCGUUUUUGUCUCGUCUUAGCCAUCACGUGGCUUUGUAAGACAUCUUGCAGCACCGUUUUCGGGACGCCAUCUAGGAUCCCUCCAAUUUUUACAUUCGUUUAGAACAAUCUAUCCGUUCGUUACACUCAUAACUUUCCGGAAAGUUCUUACUAGCUUCCCGAGCCAAAUGAAUGGAUGGGGCUUGAAGCUUGAAGUAGUGUCUGCCUAGUCCCGUAACAACCGCGCCUCCGGCCCCUUGAACCCCUCCCACUAUGAGGUUUCCGUCCUUCUUUGGACGCCACGAGUCUGUCCACGACUAUGUCGGCGUCCUGAUCCCGCUCGAGGAGGCAUACCUGCAUAGCCAUUCUGCCAGGUCCGGUAAGUCCGAGUUCGAGGAGGCGAGGACCAGCGACGAUGACCCGGAUUUCGAGAACGAGUCUGAGUCCGGGCUGCCCAAGGACAGCGAGAAUGAAAAUGCCGGCAUGCUACAGAUGAGCGCUGCUGAGUAUACCAUCGAAGGCUUGAGGAGGGAGGUCCGCAAGAGUGAGAGACCACAUCAAUGGUCCGAGUAUGAGUUGAAAUCUAAACUCAUUAAUAAGGCCAUUCAAGAUAUCGGGAUGGGUCGUUACAACUGGCAGCUAUUUGUCUUGUGUGGGUUUGGGUGGUUUGCGGACAACUUAUGGAUGCAGGGCGUCUCGUUAAUUCUUCCAUCUCUUUCUGGUGAAUUCGGUGUUUCGGAAAAGCAGGUUAGAUACACCACCAGUUCUAUCUUCGCGGGCCUAUGUGUUGGAAGUUUCUUCUGGGGUCUCGGAUCCGACAUCAUUGGCAGGCGCAUCGCCUUCAACGCCACUCUCCUAAUUACAAGCAUUUUUGGCAUAUGGGUUGCGUACGCGCCGAAUUGGGUAUCUGUUUGCAUACUGUUUGCAUGCUUGGGAACUGGAGUUGGUGGGAACUUGCCCGUUGACGGAGCACUCUUUCUGGAGUUUCUGCCGGAUUCUUCAAGUGCCUUACUAACCCUUCUAUCUGUAUGGUGGCCUGUUGGACAACUCGUUUCAUCGCUAUUUGCCUGGUAUUUCAUCACGAAUUGGCCUGUCGAAGAAGGAUGGCGCCAUUUCGUCAUGACAAUCGGCAUAAUCACGUUUGUCAUGUUCCUCAUCCGAUUUGGCAUCUUUCAUCUAUUCGAGUCCCCUAAAUAUCUUCUAUCUCAGGGGCGACAAUCUGAAGCUGUUGCUGUCGUCCAUGGCAUUGCUUAUCGAAACGGAAAGAAGACUUGGCUCACUGAGGAGGUCCUGGAUGCCGUCGCGGACAUCGAGGGGGUUGCGAGAAUACCCACGAGGGUGUCCACUACUAAUAUCAUCAAACAAAACCUCAUGGCCUUUUCCUUCGGCCACAUACGACCCCUUUUCCAAAACCGUAAGCUUGGCACAGCAACCCUCCUGAUGUGGUUCUGCUGGAGCACCAUCGGUCUUGGAUAUCCGCUUUUCAACGCUUUUCUCCCGCAAUAUCUCUCGCACGGCGGCUCAGACCUACCCGCCGGAGACAACACCACCUCGCCAGAAACCUACCGCAACUACGCCAUCAUAUCCGUCGUUGGCGUACCGGGGAGCCUACUAGCCGCGUACACCGUCGACCACAAGUCGCCGUUCCUCGGGCGCAAGGGGACGCUCGCCAUCUCCACGCUAGUAUCAGCGGUAUUCCUCUUCUUCUUCGUCGCCUUCGGCACGACGCCCAACUCGCAGCUCUUCUUCACCUGCGUCGAGGCCUUCUGCCAGAACAUCAUGUACGGCGUGCUCUACGCCUUCACGCCCGAGAUCUUCCCCGCCCCCGUCAGAGGCGCCGGCACCGGCGUCGCCAGCUUCUUGAACCGCGUCACGGGCCUCGUCGCCCCCGUGCUCGCGGCCAGCAUGCCGGGCGAUGGCACCAAGGCGCCGAUAUACAUGUCGGCGUUCCUGAUACUCGCUGCGUUUGUGGGCAUGGUGCUGAUUCCGAUCGAGACUAGGGGGAGGCAGAGGCUUUAAGAUCUGAAUGUACACAUCUAGUUAUAUAGCUACGUACUCAUUGGCAGGGAAAUAGGUCCAGGUAGCUAACCUAAUGUAUAUACGCAGAGUCGUGAUAGUGAAUGUUUACAAUUCUUCAGUA